GCGAAAAACCGUUCAAAUGCGAGUUCGAAGGCUGUGAUAGGAGAUUUGCUAAUAGUUCCGAUAGGAAGAAGCAUUCGCAUGUACACACAUCGGAAAAACCGUACAAUUGUGGCGAACCUGGCUGUGAUAAGGCGUACACACACCCGUCUUCCCUCAGGAAGCACAUGAAGGCUCAUCCGGGUAAUCGCCGAUCGCCCAAUCGCUCAUCGGAUGGCGAGGACAGCAGCGUGUCCAGUAACGAGUCCUUGCCGGGGGGAAGUCCUCAUGGCCAGAUCGUCGGGAAUGUCCGGCAAACGGUCUCCGAAAAUGCUGCUGCACAUUGGUACUGCCACCCGGACAACCCUGGCCUGCAGAGUGACCGACUAACCCCGAUGGCUCCACCGUACAGUGGGUUGCACGGACAGGGAUCUCCCUAUUGA